AUGGAUUUUUCGGGCCUCAACAGUGUGGAACAAGCGCAUAUGAACAAGGUUAUUGAGAAGAAACAGAUGCAAGAUUUCCUAAGACUUUAUGCCAACAUUGUCGAACGUUGCUUUACUUCAUGUUGUAACGACUUUACCAGCAAAGCAAUCUCAUCAAAAGAGGACCAAUGCAUAUCAAGCUGCACCGAAAAGUUCCUAAAACAUUCGGAGCGGGUUGGUUCUCGGUUUGCAGAGCUUAAUUCCGAAGCUAUGGGCACAGCAGCGGGUCAACAACAAAAUCCCUGA